AUGGCUUCCAGGUCCGAGGAGGAUCUCUGCUGUCCGGUCUGUCAGGAGGUCUUCAGAGAUCCUGUUCUUCUGCCAUGUAGCCACAGCUUCUGUAAAGUCUGUCUGAAGAACUGGUGGAGGGAGAAACCAGCACAGGAGUGUCCUGUUUGUAGGAAGAGAUCUUCAAAUGUGGAUCCAGCCUGUAACCGGGCUCUGAAGAACAUCUGUGAGUCCUUCUUACAGGAGAACCAUCAGAGAGCUUCAGAGGCUCUCUGCAGUCUGCACUCUGAGAAACUCAGGCUCUUCUGUCUGGACCAUCAGGAACCAGUUUGUCUCGUCUGCAGAGACUCAAAGAAACACACCGACCACAGAUUCAGACCCAUCGAUGAAGCUGCAGAGGAUCUGCUGGGAUCUCUGAAACCACUGAAGAAGAAGCUGGAGGUCCAGAAGAAAGUUCACUCUAAGUUUGAUCAGACAGCAGAACACAUGAAGGUCCAGGCUCGACUCACAGAGAGGCAGAUGAAGGAGCAGUUUAAGAAGCUUCACCAGUUUCUAACAGAGGAAGAGGAGGUCAGGCUGGCUGCUCUGAAGGAGGAAGAGGAGCAGAAGAGUGGGAUGAUGAAGGAGAAGAUGGAGGCUCUGAGCAGAGAGAUGGAAGCUCUUUCAGACACAGUCAGAGCCACAGAGGAGGAGCUGAGAGCUGAAGAUGUCUUCUUCCUGCACAACUACAAGGCUGCAGUGGAAAGAGUCCAGCGCUGCUCCCUGCUGGAGGAUCCACAGAUGCCCUCAGGAGCUCUGAUAGACCAGGCCAAACACCUGGCCUUCAACAUCUGGAACAACAUGAAGGACAUGGUCUACUACACCCCCAUCAUUCUGGACCCAAACACUGCUGAUCCGAAACUCGUUCUAUCUGCAGAUCUGACCAGUGUGAAACCAGUAGAUGAUCAGCAGCUUCCUGAUAACCCUGAGAGGACAGCCACAUUCUCUUCUGGGCCUGAAGGCUUUGAGUUUGGAAGUCACACCUGGGUAGUGGAAGUUGGAGACAGUAAAGACUGA